CUAUUUUGGAGGUCUUUGAUAUGAAAAAGUUUAAGAUUAUUCUCAAAAUCAGUGUGCUGGAUUUUUCUGACUUUCAUUUCUGUCCAUCGCUAAAUUUAUGCUCCUCUGGGAAGCGGCCAGGCAAAAAGUUUAAUAAAUAAAUAAAUAAGUAAGUAAGUUAUAUAAUAGUUAUAAUAGUAUGCAUAUUCAUAUUUUUAUUGUUCAACACAGGCAAUUUUGGUAGAGACAUUAAAAUGAAGACAAUAGAAUAGAAAUAAUUUUGUUUUACUGUUGUACGGCACUUUGUAGGCGGACGUUUUACUAGUGUCCGGUAGUCACUUUCAGUACAAAAUGGCGAAAGCGUAGCCAUGGAAUGAUCAAUUGACUUUAACUUCUUAGCUAUAUGCAUUCUUUGAGGGGGGGUCUAAUAAAGACUUGCUGUUGAGUUGCAUCAUGGGAAAUGUAUUUUGGAGCUUGACUGAUCAGCUCAGGAUAUUUUGUCCUCAGUUUUGACCAUACCUUUUUUUGAAUAUAUCUCUUGAGAGUCCCCAAACUGUAUGGACAUGUCAUAGCCUGCUAAAUCGCUGGAGCAACCCUUUAAGUCAGUGUAGGCUACUUCUACACAGUGACGGUCCCAUUUUUUCAGACAUGGAUUUGUAGGUCACUUUCUAAUUGGUCAAAACAGGAACCCCCGCAUAUUUUAACGUUUUUAGCUCAGCCUACUUUCUGCUUGUCCGAAUUUGUUUCACCUCAGUUUGCUCAGUUUCCCUCCUCCUCCUCAUCCUCCUCCUCCUCCUCCUCACCCCCCCUCACCCCUGUGUGUGCAGUCAGUGCACCAGACUGAGUUCAGCCCCUUCAGCUGGAGGCUCGGGUUUAUCUGGAACCAAAGAGAAAGCCAUUCAGGAGCUGUGCACCGUGAGGUAAAGGAAAGGACGCUGGGGGGGAGUGAGAGAGGACCGGGAACCAGGGAUUUGACCUUUUCCGCAUAAACUCGGAUUUGUGAGGGCGAGCGGAGGAGCCAUGGCCGUGUUCUCUGCGCUUUGGGUGCUCGUACUGUGCCAGCUUUUGACAUCAUCCUCAGCCCAGAGGCCGGGCCCCAGAGGAGCUCCAGGGCCACCAGGAGCCUUCGGGCCCCCGGGAAGGGAUGGCACUGAUGGCAAAGACGGACCUUCUGGGCUGCCGGGAAAAUCAGGUGCCAAAGGGAAAGGAGGAAUACCAGGAACAGCAGGAAAACCAGGCCUGCCGGGACUUCCAGGGGUGGACGGUUUGACAGGUCCUGAUGGUUCUGCUGGGAAGGAUGGACCCGCAGGGGAAGCAGGUGACGCUGGACCUGCUGGGCCACCUGGAUCUCCUGGCAGAGGGAGAUCAGGAGCUGCAGGACUACCUGGAACCAACGGGUUGCCAGGCGGAGUCGGACCCCAGGGUCCAGCAGGUGCUGAAGGUCUCUCAGGACUUCCCGGACCUCCUGGCGCUGAUGGACCACCAGGUCUUCCUGGUACUCUUCAUGACCUUAGCGGUGACCUUCUGUGUCCUGCUAUCUGCCCCUCUGGUCCCUCUGGUCCUUCUGGGAUGCCAGGAUUCAAGGGCCACACAGGGCAUAAAGGAGACAAAGGAGAGGCUGGAAAGAAUGGAGAGAAGGGUGAUGGUGGUCCACCUGGCCCACCAGGUAUUCCUGGGACUGUGGGUCUGCAGGGCCCACGUGGUCUCAGAGGUUUACAAGGCACAAUGGGCUCUGUAGGAGACAGAGGCCAUCCUGGUUUCAGAGGCAAACAUGGCAUCGCCGGCAUCAUUGGAAAGACAGGUGAUGCGGGAGAAAACGGACCACAGGGAUUCAGAGGACCCAAAGGAGAAAUUGGUAAAAUUGGUCCCAAAGGAGGUCCUGGAGGAUCCGGACCCAAAGGGGAGCCUGGUAUUCCUGGCAGAGAUGGCAAAGAUGGUUCACCAGGAUUAGAUGGCGAGAAGGGUGAUGCUGGACGCCAUGGAGUAGUUGGAGAGAAAGGACCAAACGGACUUCCUGGUCUACAAGGAAAGGCUGGUGCAAAGGGCUCUAAAGGAGAAUUUGGUGAUGCGGGGAAGACCGGGGAGACGGGACCCUCUGGAGAGCCAGGUAUUCCUGGUGAUAUCGGCGUCCCAGGAGAGAGGGGGAUAGCAGGACCCAGAGGAGUGGCUGGAGGUAUUGGGCCAACGGGCAACCUUGGUCCUCAGGGAGUGAAAGGCUUCCAGGGGGUAAACGGAGCCUUGGGGGAUCCAGGUCUUCCAGGUCCAACAGGAAUCCGUGGAGAGUUUGGCGAAAGGGGUCCAGUUGGAGCUUAUGGAGCUAAAGGAGACAUGGGUGUGGCAGGAAGUGAUGGUCUACCAGGAGAGAACGGAGAGCCUGGUCCUUUUGGCCCAGUUGGACAAAAAGGACAGGAAGGAAAGCGGGGUGAGCUGGGACCUAAGGGCGUGACAGGUCCACAAGGAGAGCUUGGGGCAAGAGGGCUUCCAGGAAAAACAGGAAUAAUGGGCUUCCAAGGGGAGCAGGGUCUGCCUGGAAUUGCAGGAAAGACAGGUGUACCCGGUAAACUGACAAGUGAGCAGCACAUCAGAGAGCUGUGUGGCUCAAUGAUCGAUGACCAGAUUGCACAGCUGGCGGCUAACCUCCGAAGACCCCUGGCCCCUGGAAUGGUGGGCCGCCCCGGCCCUGCAGGGACUCCAGGAAAGUCAGGAGUUUCUGGCUCUAUUGGGCAUCCAGGUUCUCGUGGACCACCAGGGUACAGAGGCCUGCCGGGAGAACUCGGAGACCCAGGUUCCAGAGGUGACUUCGGUGAGCAAGGUGAUAAGGGAACCCUUGGCAAAGCUGUUGAUGGGCCAACUGGAGACCAAGGACACCAAGGUCUUCCUGGAGUAGCUGGAUAUGCCAAAGAUGGGCGUGAUGGAGGAGAUGGAGAUCCAGGUGAGCCUGGAGAGUCAGGCAGGUUAGGUAGGACUGGGCACCAGGGACCUCCUGGAAUCUGUGACACAUCAGCCUGUCAGGGAGCAGUGGCCGCUGGAAAAUCCACCAACCCCAAAAACCAUUAAACAUGACUUCCUGCAACCUGAUGCCAUCCAUCCUGGGGAGGAAGGGUGAUAAGUGAGGGGAUAAAGGAAUGAAAGAAGAGAGGAGAGAUCACAAAAAUGCCCUCUUUAUUUAAAUACUUGUAUCACCAGAUGGGAAGAGUAACAUCAAACAGGUGUGAUAUUUUGAGAGGAAUAGAGGAACAUCCGAGGAGUGACAUGAAUACCAGAUCAACAGAGACAAAAACAUCAAGAUGACAUCCAGAAAUAAAGUGGACAGAGGCACAGAAGAGUCCAUUGCUCCAAAUACUACAGUAUCACAGAACAAGACUUGACUUACAAACAACUGGAAAAUGAAUGAUGAGUCCUUUUGUGUAUAAAAACUUUGUACAUGUCUUUUCAAUGCCCCCGUCACCUUGGUUAACUGGCAGAUGACGCUCUGAAAACAACAGUGACUGUCUCUGAAGUGAAUGUGCAUGGCCCAUUAAUGUAAAUCACAGGUGUUACCUCAACAUACAAGCUUACAGUGUAAAAUAUGGAAAUAGGCGACAGAGGCCAAAAGCCUCUGUCAACAAGCUGUGUAUGUAUUUAAAAGGAAUAAAAAACACAAAUACCCAGGUGCCCAGAAAUUGUGUAGAUUAAUGCAAAAACGUUAAACUUUUGAUAGUCUUUUUUUACAGCUUAUUUGUUUUUUUUAUUACAUGUGAAGUUGAUUCUCUAGAUCUGAGAAUCAAAAACAAAAUAAAACUUGUGGAUGCAUAAAUCAGACAUUGUAAAAUAAAUUUAAGACUCUUAGGAGCAAUGUUUUUUUUUUCUUCUUUUCUUUUUUUUUUUAAACUACAAUGACCCCA